AUGCAGCACUGCAAGAACCACCCUGGCUGCAAGGAAGUCCAUAGGAGGGACGAGUUCAACUUGUUCCUAGUCUGUCCGGAGUGUCAGAAGAAGGGACAUCCUUACGCGCAGUACAGCGAUCGGUAUAAGAAGCCCAAGGAGUCCAAGAAGCCCUAG